AUGAAAACAUUUUCACCACGUGCAUCGAAAUUAACAAUUAUUCCAGUAGAUCGUAAAAGUCUAUUGAAUGCUAUUAUUCAUUUUGAAAAAUCCAAUGAUCAAAUUUCAAAUCAACAUAUUCUUUCACUUAAAGAUAUAUGUACUCGUCGUCUUCUUUUAUUUCUUGGUGAUGAUUGUGAAAUAUAUAAGAACUUUUUAUCAUCUCAACUUGUUCGAUAUAUUACAUAUGAUUAUUUGACAGAAACAAAUAAUAAUCAAUAUCAAUUAAUAAAUAAUAAUGAAUUUUUUUCCAAUACAAAACGAUUAGUUUGUCGUGAUUGUUCAUUGAAUGAUUUAGGUGCAUCAAAAUGUCGUCGUCGAAAAUGUUUAGCAAAUCGUGUACGACAAGUUCUUAAUCAAUUAUCAUGUCAAAUAAUUCCAUGGGAAAAACAAGGACAAUUUGCUAUUCUUGAAAAUAAUAAUAAUGAUGAUGAUGAUGAUGAUGAUGAUGAUGAUGAUAAUUCAAUUGUGUUUAUUUAUCUUAAGUCAAAUUAUUCUCGAUAUGAAUCUUCGAAGCAACAACAACAACAACAACAUGGAAAAAAGGAUGAUCGAAGUUGGAUACAAAAACAAUUCUAUUUACUUGAUUUACUUCGUAUACUUCAUCUCAACAUAGCUCGAGGAUGA